CGUCUUUCUUCACGGUGUAUAAACACUGCCAUUCGUUUUACUCACAACUGUCACAACCGAUUAAGUGUGAUCGUGAACGUGACCGGUAUUCAUGAUAAUCCGGGUCACAGCGAAGAAGCAUCGAACGGAAGAAUCAACGGCGACUGAUCGAAAAAAAAAAAAAAUCAAGAUAAAUUGAAAGGAAAAAAUCACGUAUCAAAGAUUACCUAAGAUAAAUUCGGUGAGAUAUAAAGAAACAAAUAAAGAGAAAAAAAGAGAAGUCACUCGUGAGAAUCACGUGUUUUCAUCGGAAUAUACAUCGAAAAUUUGAACCAGGAUUCUUCAACUAUCUUCAAAUUAACUUAGGAUUAUUACAGAAACGACAAUCAUCAUGAUACAUCGUGGAAACGUACGAUUGAUACGUUGCAACAAACCGGAAAUGUGUCACGAUUCUUUUACGAUAAUUCAACUGUCUUAUCGAUCGCCGAUUUGAAAAGUCGGCGGAUGGACGUGGUAGCAGCUGGAAAGUUCGAACACGGAGGAAAGUACGAACCUGGAAUCCGUCGUCAUCGGCGGCGACGUCGAAGAAAGGCCAAGUUGACAAAAGUCGGUAGAUUUUCACGGAGGAAGAAGAAGAGCGCGAAUUCGUUAUUGAAUCAAGAGAGAUAGAGGCGAAUCGUGGUAAUAGAUAUUGAGUAAAUCGUGCUUCUUCUAAGAAAAUCGCGGUUCGAACACGUCCGUGUUCGUUCCUUGAUUCCACCAGUGCCAUUCAGUGUUCUCUAACCUAACUUAAUCUAUUGGAAUCAAUAAAAUAAAAUAAAAUAAAAUAAAAUAAAAUAAAAUAAAAUAAAUUAAAUUAAAAUAUUGAACUAUAAAUUAUAUCCAAUUGCUUAAAUAUCGCAAAACGAAAAACGUCGUGCCACGUGAAUCGGAAAAAUUCGACGAAUGCUGCCUUUGUACAUUUUUUUAUUAUUGUGACAUGAGUGUGGUUUGAUAUAGUGCAGUAUAGUUCUUUUUCUUUCUUUUCAAAAUCGCUGUUUUAUUUUAUUGAGUCUCGAAGGAUUGAUAUUGAAGGGAAACGAUAGUGUGAAUUUAAUUCGUGCGAGUGAGAAAAAAAUAUUGGUGUCAGUUUUGAAACGACAAAAGGAUUCGUACUUGCAAGAUGAUACUGCUUCGAACGAUUUUGAUGGUGCUCUUCACUGUGAUGGCUACCGGGACACCGAGAUCCUCGAUCAUUUAUGCAGAUGAUAAAGUGCAAAAUUAUCUCAUGAAAUUCGGAUAUCUACCCCAGUCGGAUCUAGAGACCGGAAACCUUAGAACGGACGAUCAGCUUACGGACGCCAUUAAAAAUUUACAGAGAUUCGGUGGCAUUCCUGUAACUGGUGAUAUCGACGAAGCUACUAUGAAAUUAAUGAGGCUUCCGCGGUGCGGACUUCCGGAUAAAGUAGAUCCUAGAUAUACUAGAGUCAGGCAUAAACGGUACACGAUCCAUGGGCAACAAUGGCCACAUCGGAAUCUCACUUGGAGCCUGAGAACCGAGCAACCGAGUGGUCUCGACACGGGCGGCGUUCGCUUCGAGCUGAGCAGGGCUCUCGAUCUGUGGGCGAGGAACUCGAAACUCACCUUUCAGGAAGUUAACAGCGAUAGAGCGGAUAUUCUGGUUUACUUUCAUCGUGGCUAUCAUGGAGAUGGAUAUCCAUUCGAUGGCAGAGGCCAAAUUCUAGCACACGCAUUCUUUCCUGGCAGAGAUCGAGGAGGAGACGUACAUUUUGAUGAGGAAGAAAUAUGGUUGUUGCAGGGCGACAACAAUGAAGAAGGGACCAGCCUUUUCGCAGUAGCCGCGCAUGAAUUUGGCCACUCACUUGGAUUGGCACAUAGCUCGGUUCCUGGUGCACUCAUGUAUCCCUGGUAUCAAGGAUUGAGCUCUAAUUACGAGUUGCCGGAAGACGACAGACAUGGGAUACAACAGAUGUAUGGUGCACCGGAAGAGAGGCUCUGGGCCAAUCUACCAGGUGGGCCGCCACCUCCGGAACGACCUACAACACCUCGAACAACUACAACAAGCUUUGGGACGACCUAUAGACCAUGGAGAACAAGACCAACCAGGCCGAAUCACUAUCCAAAUGACGAUCGGCCUCGACGCCCUGAUCACUACCCUCAAAAGCCGGAUUAUAGAACAGAGAGUCCAGAGAGGCCGGAGAAUCGACCUCAGAGGCCUCACAAACCUCACAAACAUCACACGACUUCCACUACAACUACUACUACUACUACAACUACUACCACCACUACCACAACUAUGAGAACGCCAUACACGCAAAGGCCAAGGCAUCGUUACACACCACCGGCACCAAGGAACGACAAACCCGAUAAAUGUGAUACGAGUUAUGAUGCCAUCAGCAUUAUUCGUAGGGAAAUUUUUGUCUUCAAAGGACGAUAUUUAUGGAGAAUUGGUGACCAAGGAUUGUAUGAAGGAUAUCCAGCGGAAAUCACACGCUUGUUUAAUCUACCUGAAGAAAUCGAUCAUGUAGAUGCAGUUUAUGAGAGGCCAGACAAGAAAAUAGUAUUUUUUAUUGGUAAAAGGUAUUACGUUUUCAAUGCUAACAAUCUCGAACCAGGUUAUCCGAAACCAUUGACUAGAUUGGGAUUACCAGAAUCAUUAGAAAAGAUUGAUGGAGCAAUGAUUUGGGGACACAAUGGAAAAACAUAUUUCUUUAGUGGAUCUAUGUACUGGAGGUUUGAUGAAUCUGUAAAUCACGUAGAACUUGAUUAUCCGAGAAAUAUAAGUAUGUUUGCUGGUAUCGGUACAGAUAUCGACGCUGUUUUUCAAUGGAAAAAUGGUAAAACAUACUUUUUUAAAGGUAAAGGAUUCUGGGAAUUCGAUGAUCAAAGAAUGAAAGUUGCACAUGAAAGACAAAAAUUAUCAGCACCAGUUUGGAUGGGUUGUCCACGAGAAUUGGAAACCAAUGAUGUCGAAAAUUAUCCAAGAAAAUCAAAAAUCAUGGCUUCGAACAACGCAUCGACACGAUCAACUCUUUUUGUCGGAAUAUUUUUUAUAGUAUAUUUUAAUAAACAUUUGUAAACUGUGAUAUUUAUGUAAAGUCGCGUAUAAAUGCGAGCGUGUAUUAUAUAUAUGCGCUCCAAUUUACACAUGACUAAAUUUUAACAUACACUUCUCUUAUACUGAUUAUAUAUAUAAUAAUUUUAAUAAAGUAAUUUUUAAAUAAU